UGUAAGAAAGCAAACCAGCCCUCUUCCUCUGCGGGACGAGCCAAGAAACUAGAUAACAGUCUGACGGAGUCAUUUUCCCACAGCUGGAAUCUGAAAUCAAGACCAUCGGGACAAUUUAUGCUGUAUGCAAAGACGCCAUUUGCGUGAAGUCUGAGGUUCAGGAGAGAAAACCAUCCUUUCACAAUGCUGACUUUGACCGUUGUAUUUCUCCUGCUUGGUUUGACUCAGCUACACGGCCAAACACAGAAAUUGUACAUGCAUCGCAAUUCUUUUGAUGACCAAUAUAUUUGUUGUUCAGAAAAUCUGAAGAAAGAAAUCAUGCCAAAUCUACUAAAGGCAGAAAAAUCUAAAAACCCACAGUUUGGUGCAGCCUGGGACAGAGCAGAGAAAAUAGUGAAGGAGUUAUUUCAAAAUGAUGAAAUUGACCCUGAAAGAGAUUAUUUUUCUGUAGCGCUAUUUCUGUUUGCCAUGGAAGAUCCGGAGUUGGAGUCUUUUUUCGAGCAGUUCAACGCUAACGUAAGCACGGCCGGGCGCUCCAGGGAGGAAUACAUGACAAAUUUUCAUUUUAAGGCUUUUCAUUUUUACCUGACCAGAGGUCUGCAGGACAAUACUGUCAAACAAGCGUCUAAAAAGCAUUUCUUUACAACAUUCCAUUUACCAAAUAAUGCAACAUUGCCGAUACGCUUUGGGAGAUUUCUAAGGGUUAAACACGAGACAAAGGACAGUUCACUGCUUUUGUCUUCUUCUUUAUAUUACACAACGCUUCAUGUUCCACCUUUUUUUGAAAACGAAAUUACCAUCUUUCCAGUUUCAGAAGUAUUUUAUUUUAUAAAUCAAGGGCAGAAACUUCAAUAUGCCACCAGUUCCGGAAUUAAAUGCAGUUUUUUUAACUGCGCAUAUCUUGGAGGGGAAAAACGGAAAGUCCCCACCUGCAUUCCAGAAAGUGAAUUUCUUGGCAACUGCAAUGCAGCUCCAGGAAGACCUGUCCUGCUACCGGAGACCCCUCACAUCUUCACAGGGCUCAUCCUAGCUAUUAAUGCAGCUUUUAUGAAACUGGUCUGAGAUCUGCUAACAUGAAAUAUUGUAUCAACAUUCAAAGAUCCUUACUUUCCAAGACCCCUGCUUUCGAGACUCCUGCAUUUAGGGACACUUGAACUGUGAUACAGGGUAGCAGUGGGGUUGUUGUUGUUGCGCUGCGGAUAAGUAAACAUGUAAAACAGAGUCCAAUGGUGGAGUAUAUUUCACUAUUUUGACUGGAAUAAAUGUAGAAUGGAACUCACAUAUAAUAGAGCUUCUAACCAGCUCUAGGUUACAGUGCAUGGGCGGAACAAUCCCUGCCUGGGAUAUAAAGAGGUCUUCUUGUUCUUGGUAUGAAUCCACAGCAAAACAAGUAAUGGGAACGUUCAGUCAGGUAUAAUCAGCAGAAUAUGUAAAUACAAAAACACAAACUCUAGUGCUCUUUGUAGACAACAGCCAUGAGUUGUAUAAAAGAGAGCUACUGUCAGGAUGUUUAAUACAGAUUGUGUCACUCGGUUUAAAAAAAUAAAAAAUCUUCUUUUAACAAAA